GAAGAUAGCAAAAGAGAGUCUGUUCAUGAUUAACAAUUGACUUAUUAAGCACUGGUCAUUUUGGAAAUUCACUACUGGUUCUGGUUUAACAUACUUCAGCUAUUUUACAUCUCUUACGGAUCAACUUUUAAUAAAUGCUGUUUGGGAGAAAAGAAAUGAAAAAUGAAUACUGGACAAAACAUUUUAUUUAAUAACACAUCUUCAAAGCCUGAUGAUGAUUCAGACAAUGAAAGUAUUAACAGCAAUUUUAUCUCUUCCACCCUUGAUGAAGCUGAAUCAAUUGAUAAGUAUAAUACACAUCCCGAAAAAUCCCAAGAAGACAAUAAUAACAUUGGGUUUGAUGAAAUUAUUGACGAUAUCGAAGGAAGUUUUGAUGAAAACCAAUACACUUUUCAGGAAUUACCUGAGCAUGCUUGUUCUUAUUGCGGUAUCCAUUCUCCAUCCUGUGUCGUUAAAUGUGAAUCGUGCAAUAAAUGGUUUUGUAACUCAAAGCAAAACACCUCUGGUUCCCAUAUCAUUACUCACUUAGUUAUAUCUCAUCACAACACAGUUUCUUUGCAUGCUGAUUGCGAUUUGGGUGAUACAACGUUGGAAUGUUAUAACUGCGGAAGCAAAAACAUUUUUAUUUUAGGUUAUGUUUCUGCUAAAUCUGAGUCGGUUGUUGUUAUUCUUUGUAGAUUGCCUUGUGCUCAAUCAAAGGAUGUCAAUUGGGAUACAGAACAAUGGCAGCCAUUAAUCGAUAAUAGACAAUUAUUGAGUUGGAUUGCAGCACUACCUUCUGAAGAAGAACAAUUACAUGCAAGAUUAAUCACUCCUUCUCAAAUUACAAAAUUAGAAGCCCAAUGGAGAAUGAACAAAAACGCUACUUUAGAAGACAUUGAAAAAAACACAAAUGAAGAAGACGAAAUUUUGCCAAUUUUAAUGAGAUAUAAAGACGCCUAUGAAUACCAACGAUCUUUUGGUCCUUUAGUUAAAUUAGAAGCUGAUUAUGAUAAACAUUUAAAAGAAUCGCAAGGACUUGAACAUAUCUCAGUUAAAUGGUCUUUAGGUUUAAAUAAUCGUCAUUUAGCUUCUUUUACUCUAUCAACUUUCGAAACAAACGAACUAAAAGUCGCAGUUGGUGAUGAAAUGGUUUUAAGAUAUUCUGGGACUGAACAUGAUCCUUGGGAAUGUAAUGGCUAUAUUGUUAAGUUGCCCUCUUCUUAUCAAGAAGAAUUCACAUUGGAAUUAUGUCUUCAAAGAACUUCUCCUCCUGUCAAUCUCACUAAUGGUUUUACCGCCGACUUUGUUUGGAAAGGCACAUCAUAUGAAAGAAUGCAAACUGCUAUGAAAAUUUUUGCUGUUGAUAAAGAAUCCGUUUCAGGCUAUAUUUAUCAUAAAUUAUUAGGUCAUGAUGUUCCAGAAAUCGAGUUUGAUGUUAAAUUACCCCCAAAAUUUUCUUUGCCUCAAUUGACAGAUUUAAAUAUUUCUCAAGCUAAUGCAGUUAGGUCAGUUUUACAAAAACCUUUAUCAUUAAUCCAAGGUCCCCCGGGCACUGGUAAAACUGUCACUUCUGCAACUAUCGUUUACCAUCUUUCCAAAAUUAAUAAAGAAAGAAUUCUUGUAUGUGCUCCAUCGAAUGUUGCAGUAGAUCAUCUAGCAUCAAAAUUAUCCUUUUUAGGCUUGAAAAUUAUCAGAUUAACUGCAAAAUCUCGUGAAGACGUUGAAAGUUCUGUUUCUCACCUUUCUCUACAUUCUUUGGUCAAAACAAAUUUAAAAGGUGAAUUGAAAAAAUUAAUGAAACUAAAAGAAGAGGUAGGUGAACUAUCUUCAAAUGACUCUAAAAAGUAUUUGAAAUUAAUCAGAAAAGCUGAAAACAAGUUAUUAAGUGGAUGUGACGUGGUUUGUUGCACUUGUGUUGGUGCAGGUGAUAAGCGUUUGCAAAAUUCAAAAUUUAGAACUGUUUUAAUUGACGAAAGUACCCAAGCAUCUGAACCCGAAUGUCUUAUUCCUAUUGUUAAGGGAGCCAAACAAGUCAUUCUUGUUGGUGACCAUCAACAAUUAGGUCCAGUUAUUCUUGAUAAAAACGCUGGUGAUGCUGGAUUGAAGCAAUCACUAUUUGAAAGAUUAGUAUUACUUGGCCACAUUCCAAUUAGAUUGGAAGUUCAAUACAGAAUGAACCCAUUUUUAUCCGACUUUCCCUCAAAUAUGUUCUAUGAAGGCUCUUUGCAAAACGGUGUUACAACUGAAGAUAGAUUAAUUCCUGAUUCAACAUUUCCAUGGCCUAUUUUUUCAAUCCCAAUGAUGUUUUGGGCUAACUAUGGCAGGGAAGAAAUCUCUGCAUCUGGAACAUCUUACUUAAAUCGUGUUGAAACUAUAAACGUUGAGAAAAUUGUUACCAAAUUAUUUAACGAUGGUAUCAAACCUUCUCAAAUUGGUAUUAUUACUCCCUAUGAAGGUCAGAGAGCGUAUAUUACACAGUAUAUGACACAUAAUGGUUCUCUAAGCAACGAAUUAUACAUGAAUGUUGAAGUUGCCAGUGUUGAUGCUUUUCAAGGUAGAGAAAAGGAUUUUAUUAUUUUAUCGUGUGUGAGAGCUAAUGAGGGAAAAGUUAUUGGUUUUCUUUCAGAUCCAAGAAGAUUGAAUGUUGCCUUAACAAGAGCAAAAUAUGGUUUGAUUAUUUUAGGAAACCCCAGAUCAUUAGCAAGGAAUUCUUUAUGGAACAAUCUUUUAACUCAUUUCAGAGAAAAGGGCUGUCUUGUUGAAGGGCCUUUGGAUAACUUGCAAUUAUGUACUAUCCAGUUAAGCAAUAGAAGUGAUCCUAAUUAUCAACCUUAUAGGCCAAACCAUUCUGAUAAUUUUGUUGGUUCAACAGUCAAAAGCUCGGUUAGCAAUGAUUUCGACACAUCUUCAUUGGUUUCUUUUAUGGCAGAUAGUUUUAACUCUCUAGGAACUUUUGGAGCCUUCAAUCAGCAGCCAGGGUGGCCUCCACUUGGAGGUGAGAGAUUCAAUUCUCGUUCUGGGCUAGGUAGUGCAAACCCUCCUAGCAAAUAUUACAAUUCUAGUAUGGGAAUUUCUAGUUUCACUGAAAAAUUAAAUCAAUUAAACUCCGGUCAAGACGCCAAAUACUCUCAAUCAAAACAAAUAGAAGAUGAUAUUGCCAGUCUUUCAAGCAAUUUUGUUUCCAAAGCAAAUUUGCACUGAUCUUUGAACUUAAAACUUAUUUUUUUUAUUGCGUUUUCACUUUAUAUGAAUAUUACAAUUUUUAUUAUUAAAAGAAUAUAACGAAUAGUUUACAAAAACUAAUAUAAAAUAGUCACUAAAAACAGAAGCAAUUGUACAAAACAAAUUAAAGAAUCCCAUAAUGAACUAACAAUUCUAAAAUAGAACUAAAAAAAACUAAAUUAUUCUUUUUUAAUACAAGUAAGAAAUAAAGAGAACAAGAUUAUAAAAACAAAAACAACAAGAUCAGACAAAACAAACCAGAGAACCAAACAUUGAAUAAAAAAUAAAUCAAAAAACUUAAAACAAACAAAA